AAGAUGCUCGGCGGAAGGGAGCCGAGCGGUGGGCAGAGGCGGCGAGUCCCCGAUACCGGGCGCCUCACAUUUCCCUGGCAUUCCCAUUUGCUAGUGCGCUGCUGCGGCCGCACGCCUGAUUGAUAUAUGACUUCAAUGGCUCUUUUCCAUUUGACAUUCUCUCUCUCUCUCUCUCUCUCUCCCUCUCUCUCUCUCCCUCUCUCUCUCUCCCUGUGUCGCUUAAACAACAGUCCUAACUUUUGUGUGUUGCAAAUAUAAAAGGCAAGCCAUGUGACAGAGGGACAGAAGAACAAAAGCAAUUGGAAGUAGCACGACCUCUUUCUAGCUCUCAGAAAAGUCUGGGGAGAAAGGAGCCCUGCGUUUCCCCCAAGGGAGAGAGACAAGUGACUUGAAACAAAGCUCCCUGGAUCCUUGGACCUGGACCCGCCCCCUUGCUCUGUCCUUCCCACAUCCUUCCCUUACCAAGGAAAAAGAAGGACAGACAGGACUUUUAAUUUGGCUAGUGUGGGGCUGAACGUCUUUAGGAAACCCGUUUUGUGAAAGAGAGAGGGGAGAAAUGGUUCCUGGGUUGAGCCGAACUAAAAAUGCAUGGGGUUAGGGAGGUGGGGAGGACUUCUUCUCUUUUUCUGUCUUUAAACAGCAGAACAACAGAUCAGUUUAUGAGCUGCAAAUGGAACGACUGGACUUCUCAAUUAGACAUCCCAUUUAAGAGCCUGUGUAACCCUCUAGGUGCAGCAUCCUUAAAAGAUGCUACUAAUGUCCUCGGGUCCAAAAGAUGAGGAAACCGGGGCUGAAACAGUUCAAAUGAUCCUGUACAUGAUCCCCAGCUAAUGAAUGGCAGUGCUAGAAUCCAGUUGUGCAGCAGAUACAGUGAUGACGGACCACGAGUGCAAAGAGUAAGACGAAACUCCGGCAUACAAAGGACAAUGACAAGCAGAAAGCUCCAACCAGAUCCUGCCCUUUCUUUGAAAGGAACUGGAGCCUAGGAGGUGAAGGCAUUUCCAAUUUUUAGUCCUCUGCCUCCCUCUGCUGUUCUUCUUGAGAAGUUUUCCCUUACAACAAUGAGAAAUCAUGUACUAGCUGCAUCCUUUUCUAUGCUCUCCCUGCUGGCGCUAAUGGGAGAUACAGACAGCAAAACAGAGAGCUCAUUCAUGAUGGACUCGGAUCCUCGACGCUGCAUGAGGCACCACUAUGUUGAUUCUAUCAGUCACCCGCUAUACAAGUGUAGCUCCAAGAUGGUACUCCUGGCCCGGUGUGAGGGACACUGCAGCCAGGCGUCACGGUCUGAGCCCUUGGUCUCCUUCAGCACUGUCCUCAAGCAGCCCUUCCGCUCCUCCUGUCACUGCUGCCGGCCCCAGACGUCCAAGCUGAAGGCACUGCGGCUGCGCUGCUCCGGGGGCAUGCGACUCACGGCCACCUACCGGUACAUCCUCUCCUGUCACUGUGAGGAGUGCAGCUCCUGAGGCCUGCUGUUGAGUGGCUUCUGGAUGGGACAGACCCUCCCCCUUGCUGAGGCAGUUCAACCAGCCAGGGAAGGACUGGCAAGGGAAGAGUUAAGGCAAAAAAAAAAUAAAAAUAUAUAUAUAUAUAUAUGUAUGUAUGUAUGUAGCAAUUCCCACGGGAUUCUGCAUAUUCUAGUAAUAAAGAGUCUACAUGCUUGUUGACAGAGAUACUCUGGGAACUUGUUUUCCAUUCCCAUCUCCUUUCCUUGGUACAAUUUCUUUUGGUUCCUUUUCAGAUUCGGGCAUUUCCCCCUUUAGUGCUGAAUGCCAUCUGGGCUUCCAACCAUUCAGCAUUAGUGGGAAAAGCGGGCUCCCAGGCAAGAGUGGAUCAGGCUGUCACAGUUUUAGUAUUGAUGACGGAAGCAUUUGCUUUGGAAAGCAGGAAAGCUGAAUUCUUUCUGGGACAUCCUCUGGCUUUUUUUUUUUUAAGUCUUGUGACUGGGUCUAAGGUUGCCCUUGCUGCUAAAUAUUACCAAUUUCAAAUUCCGGGCACCAAGCAUGUGGAUAUGUUUAGCCAGGUUCAUUCACAGCCAGCUAACUGAUGUUAAAAUCACUAACAAGCAGAUUCUCCUAUGUGAUGCUGGAACUCUGAUAGCCAUCAUUAUUAUUCAGAAGUGACUUUGGGAAAGUAAAAGUGGCAUAAAGAAUUUGUCACCUUGAAGCUCUCUCAGAUAAAUUAUGGUAAUGUAUAGUAAGAGAGCAGACUUUUAAAGACCUGCACAAAUAUGGAUCCUGCACUGACUUUGAAAAAGGCAUAUAUGUACUAGUGGCAUGGAAAAUGCUCUAUACUCAUGCAUGCAAAUUAGACAACCAAGUACAAAUAUCUUUGUGGGUGUGCUAUAGCUUUAGCCAUGUCGUGGGCGUCAUUCUCUCAUAUCCACUUGUCCAUGGGACUCUUGCUGCCAAAAAUGGUGGCCUGGCUCAUCUUCUUAAUAUUUGGUUCAAAUAGAUUUUGGUCCUUGAGGCUCAAAAUUGGAGUUAUUCCCAUGUUUUGAAAUAAAAAGAGAGUAUCUUCAAAA